AUGGGUGUUCCUGGAUUGUAUCGAUAUCUUGUUGAAAAGUAUCCGAAUAUUGUAUCGGAAUGUGUAGAAGAAAUUCCGGCUGUUCAUCAAACAACCAUCUCUUCUUCCUAUGAUGAUGUGGACACAUCAAGGCUUGCGGAAGGCCAACUUCCAUCCAUUAAAAAGAAGACUAUUCGGAUCGUCACUCAACCUGUGGAUACAACGAAACCAAACCCAAACGGCAAAGAAUUUGAUAAUUUAUAUUUGGAUAUGAACGGUAUUAUCCAUCCGUGUUGCCACCCUGAAGACGAGGAGGCACCAAAAACUGAAGAAGAAAUGUAUGAAAAGAUUUUUGAAUAUGUAGAGAGAAUAUUUGCAGCAAUUCGCCCAAGGAGAGUUUUGUUUUUAGCUGUCGACGGACCAGCACCAAGAGCAAAGCAAAAUCAACAACGCGCUCGUCGAUAUAAAUCCGCAAAAGAUUUGGAAGAUCAAAAAACUAUUGAAAGAAAUUUAAGAGAGGAACUCAUUAGCCGAGGCAUGGAACCACCUCCACUAAAUGAAGAGCCUCCUGAAAAACCAAUAAGAAUCGUCACUAAAAAGAAAGCUUCCAAUGCUGUGAAUAAGGAUUUAGCAAAUUUAUUAAUGGAUGAAAGCGACAUGCCACUCAAUGAUGAGUUAUAUGAUUCUAAGCCACUAGAAGAAGAAGAGGAGGAGGAAGAAUUUUAUGAAAUUCAUCCAGCUGGAGCGAAUUGGGACUCCAAUGUCAUCACUCCAGGCACUCCCUUCAUGCACAGACUUGGAAAGGCGUUACGGUAUUUCAUUCACAUGAAAUUAAGCACCGAUGAGGGCUGGAAGCGGGUUAAGGUUAUUUUGAGUGACGCUAGUGUGCCAGGAGAAGGCGAACACAAAAUCAUGGAUUUUAUUCGAUCUCAAAGAGAACUGCCUGGAUACAAUCCCAAUACAAGUCAUGUCAUUCAUGGUCUUGACGCAGAUUUAACAAUGCUUGCCUUGGCUACACAUGAACCUUACUUUUAUAAUUUGAGAGAGAAGGUGAUGUUUGGAAAAGAAAAUCAAGGAAAGAGCUAUGACAUUGAAAAGAAAAAACAAGGAGCACACUGGUAUGAGUACAAACCUCUUGAAAUACUGCACAUUAGUAUUUUGAGAGAAUAUUUGGAAGUGGAAUUUAAUCAACACAUUGAGAAUUUACCAUUUCCUUUUGAGUUUGAACGAGCGUUAGAUGAUUUUGUCUUUAUUUGCUUCUUUGUUGGUAACGAUUUUUUACCGCAUUUACCAUCCUUAGAUAUCAGAGAAGGAGCAAUUGAUCUUCUUCUCGCACUCUAUAAAGAGAGUUUGCCUGAGCUUGGAGGAUAUUUAACAGAGAAUGGAGAUGUCAACGUGAGGCGCGUUCAAUAUCUGCUCAAACAAGUUUCCAAACACGAGGAUCGAAUCUUUGACGUUCGUGCAAAGAGAGAAGAACAAUUCAAACAGCAACAAGAACAGAGAAAGCGAGAAAAAGAACAAAAGCAUCAAUCUAAUCAGACAGAUACGGGUAAACCCAAUAUCGAAAUUGUUCCAAUUCUAAAGGAACAUCGAGACAACUUCAAUCGAUUCACAAAUCCAUACGAAGACUACAGAAAGAAAAAAGCUAUCGAGCAGGAACAAGACACAAGCGCUCUUGGUAAACGAAAAAAAGACGAAGAAGACAAUGAAGAGCUCGAAGAAGAAGCACCUUCAGAAAAAAAGCUGAAACCUCUCGUAGAUGAAGCCACAGAAGAGCCUGCAUCAACAGCAACAACCAAUGCUCAGGAUGACAUUGAGCCUUUGAAACCUGUCAAAAUGGAAGCAAAGCAAUAUGCAGAUGUCUUGAAAAUCCGAGUGGAUGAAUCAAAGAAUGUUGACACUGAAAAAUUCCCAGACAAUGUGAAAUUUGGAUCAGAAGGUUGGAGAGCCAGAUAUUACAAGGAGAAGAUGGGCAUUGAACUAGGUACUGAUGAAUAUUGGGAUGUCUCAUUGAAGUACCUUGAAGGAUUAGUUUGGGUUUUUCGAUAUUAUUACACUGGAUGUGACUCAUGGGGAUGGUUUUACCCCUAUCAUUAUGCUCCUUUUGCCUCUGACAUGGCUGAAGUCGAUAUAUCCAAAUUGAAUCUCAAUUUCGAGAAGGGAGCUCCUUACAAGCCAUUUUCUCAAUUGCUUGGAGUAUUACCUCCACGAAGUGCUCGAGCAUUACCACCAGCUUAUCGUGAACUCAUGUUAUCCAAUGAGAGCCCAAUUAAGGAGUUUUAUCCAACUGAUUUUAAUAUUGAUUUAAAUGGAAAGACCAAAUCAUGGAUGGGUGUUUGCUUACUUCCUUUCAUUGAUCAAGAAGAAUUGAGUGCAGCCAUUAAGACUGUGGAAUUUUCCUUGACUCCUGAUGAGAUUGAACGAAAUACACUUGGAAACACGACACUCUUUGUCCAUUAUGAACAUCCACUACAACAAUUCGUGAUGGAAUGCUACAUUAACGGAAGCGCAAAAUUUGACUUUUCUAAAGCAUCCAGAGAUUUAGCAGGUGUUUUUUAUGAAGAUUCACAAGGAGUGGCUCCAUCUGACAAGGUGAAGGUUCCAUGGAAAUCAGAUUUAUUGGACGAUGUUGCAGAAACACAAGCCGUGAGUGCUCGAUAUGAGUUACCUCCAUUGGAAAAGACCAAAAGCAAAUAUAUUUCCAAGUUGUUGCCAACGGUCACACCUCCCCCAAAGAUGCUUCCAAAAAUUCUUGAUUCUGGAAGCGUACCUGUGGUCAUUGGAGAAAAUUAUGAAAAAACCAUAUCAUUUUGCUCUCCUAAGGAAAUGAUCGAAAAUAUUAUGAACGGAAGGCCAAGAAAUAAUUAUUUGAGUGUGAGGAAACAAUUUGUCAAUCGUCAAGGCAACAGAGACCGAGUCGAUUACAGAGGAUCUAGCUCAUUCAAUAGAGGUAAUUAUGAUAACAGCAGAAGCUAUGAUAGAAAUGACAAUAACAGGAGAGACAGUUACAACAACAGAGGUGACAAUUAUUCUAGGAAUGACUACAGACAAGGUGACAGACCAACAGAUUAUCGAAGUAAUCAAGCCUAUGAUCGAAACUAUAGUGACAAUCGAAAUAAUUACGAUAAUAGAUAUAACAAUGAUCGAAGUUAUGCAAACAGAGGAGAUGGUAGAGGUAGUAAUUAUCGAGGUGGUAACUACGACAGCAGCAGUGGCAGCAACACCAGGGGUGGUACUUUAUCAUCGGAUGGACGAGGUUACAAUGACAAUAGAAAUCGAUCAUCAUAUGACGACAGUAACAGGCAAUCAUCAUCACGUGGUGACUAUUCGAGAUCGCCUUAUUCACGAGGUGGUUAUGGAUCUCAGCAAUCGUCCUCUGGCAGUAAUAGCCCUUAUUCAUCCGUCGUGUCGUCACAAAAUUCACCCUAUUCCAGAAGUCCUUAUUCGAGUGUACAGACAGCAUCACCUUAUUCUUCAACGACUUCUCCGUAUGCUUCUUCCAGUCCGUAUGCACAACAGUCUCCAUAUGCUUCUUCUAAUCCCUAUUCACAACAGUCUCCAUAUGGAAGUUACAAGAACGAUGCUCAAAGUAACAACAGUCCUUACUCUCAAACACAACGCCAACCAUCUCAACAACAACAAUAUGGAAAUUCUCAAUACUCUAGAAACAACUCCAAUCAGAGCAACAAUAAUGGAUCUCGAAGAAUAUGA